CGGUCCCUUCGCUUCCCUGAGGAAUUUGAGUUUGCGGUGAGGCUGGCAACCUUGCCUCUUUAAGAGACUAAUGUAACGCCCCGUGCACCCUCCUCCUCCCGCCGGCUGGGAUCGGAGCCCUCCUGCGCCGCCCUGCCCUCCCCCCUCCCCGGACCCCUCCCCGCCCCUCCCACCUCCACCCAUCCCCGCCUCCCGCCUCAAUCUUGGCGGGAAGACGCCAGCUGCUAAGCGGAGGGAGGAUGUCUGGGUCGCGCGCGGAGGCCGAGGAGAAGGUGGGCUCCAGACAGCGACUCCAGGUGAAUGAAUAUAAGGAAAACCAAAACAUCGCUUGUGUGUCUCUGAGACCGGUACAGACUACAGUUUUAGGAAAAACAGCUAAGGUGUAUCUUGUUCCCUUUUCGCUCAGUAACUACAAGCCAGAUAAACUUAAGCGCCCCAAAUCCCUAUUAGAUAAGAAUUCUAACAAUGAAGUGGCAUGUAAGAAAUGUAAGAAGGCUGAAAUAAAGAAAACUUGCAGAAGGAUUUUAACCCCAAAGAUGGAAGCCACAUCUUCCAAGGCAGAAUCCACUCUGCAAAAAUCAUCCUUAGAUGUUCAUGCUGAAAGUAACAAGUGGCAAUACAAGAACACUUCAGAUACAGUGAUUCUCAGUGCUGAUACAGAAAGCAGCCAGGAUGGAGACAGUGAUGAAGGUACCACACCAGGCAUGGAUGAUUUUUCAGGAUUGUCACCAUACGAAAAGAAGAGACUGAAGAACAUAUCAGAAAAUGCAAACUUUUUUGCUUCUCUUCAGUUGUCUGAGUCAGCUGCAAGGCUCCGUGAAAUGAUAAAGAAGAGACAGCCUCCUGAAUCCAAAAGAAAGAAGCCUAAGAAGAAAGAAAAUGGGACUGGAUGUAGAAGGUCAAUGCGAUUACUAAAAGUUGACCCUUCAGGAGUUUCAUUACCAGCAACUCCAACCCAGCCAAUAUUAGUAGCAGAUGAAAAUCCUUUGUUACCUCCUGGGCCUUUAGAAAUGACUUCUGAAAAUCGAGAUGAUAACAGUGAACUAUUUAAAGGAUUUCUGCAGACUUGGGCAGAAGUGAGCAAGACAAGAAGUAAAAACACUGAGAAGGAGUUAUCUAGCAUUAAAAACUACAAAGCCAAUUUAAAUGGCAUGAUCAUUAGUGAAGAUACUGUUUAUAAAGUUACCAAAGGCCCAAUAUUCUCAGUGGCUCUCCAUCCAUCAGAAAUUAGAACUUUGGUGGCAGCUGGGGCCAGAUCUGGACAAGUUGGACUUUGGGAUUUGACUCACCAACCUAAAGAAGAUGGAGUUUAUAGUUUUCAACCCCAUAGUCAACCAGUUAGCUGUCUUUACUUCUCGCCUGCCAAUCCAGCUCACCUGCUGUCACUGAGCUAUGAUGGCACAUUACGCUGUGGGGAUUUUUCCAGAGCUGUUUUUGAAGAGGAAAGUUGGAGUUUGAAAUUUGAAGAUUUGCCUGUCCUGGACAUUUCAUAUAAAAGGAAUCAUACAGUUUAUAGUCUUUUGUGACUGGCUUCUAUACUUAUCAAAAUGUUUUCAAGGUUUAUGCAUGUUGUAGAAUGUGUCAGUACUUCAUUCUUUUUAAUGGCUGAAUAGUAUUCCCUUGUGUGGCUAUACCACAUUUUACACAUCCAUUCAUUAGUUGAUGAACAGUUGGGUUGUUUCUGUUUUUAACUAUUACGAAUAAUGCCAUUAUGAACAUUCAUGCACAGGUUUUGUGUGCUUUCAUUUCUCUUGGGUAUAUACCUAGGAGUGUAAUUGCUGGGUCAUAUGGUAACUCUAUGUUUAACAUUCUGAUGAACUGCCAAGCUGUUUCCCAAACUGGCUUCACCGUUACACAUACUCAUCAGCAAUAUGUGAGGGUUCCCAUUUCUCCACAUCCUUUCCAAUGCUUGUUGUUGGUGAGUAUAGCCAACCUCAUGGGUAUGAAGUGGUAUCUCAUUGUGGUUUUGAUUUGCGUUUCCCUAAUGAUUGGUGAUGCUGAGCAUGUUCAUCUGCUUAUUGGCCAUUUGUAAUUAUUUAGAGAAAUUUGGAUCUUUUGCCUAUUUUCUAAUUGGGUUAUCUGUGUUUUCAGUAUUGAGUUGUAAGAGUUAUCCACUUAUUUAUUUUUUUAAAAGUCAGGUUUAUUGAGGUAUACAGUACAUAUUGUAAAAUUUACCUUUGUUAGGUGUGCAGUUUUAUAAGUUUUGGCAAAUUGUAUAUACCUGUUUAACCAGCACUUCAAUCAAGACAUAAAAAAUUUCCAUCACCCGGAAGAAUUACCUCAUGACCCUUUGUAGUCAGUCCUCUCCCCCUUCCUGAAGCCCCUGGCAACCACUGAUGUGAUUACUGUCCCUAUAAUUUUGCCUGUUCUAGAAUGUCAAGUAAAUGGAAUCAAAUGGUGUGUAGCUUUUUGUGUCUGGCUUUAUUUACCUAGCAUAAUGUUUUUAAGAUUCAUCCUUGAUAUUGCAUGUAUCAGUAAUUUGCUUCUGAUACUACUGAUUGAACAAUUAUCUUGUGUUAGGUACUAACCUGAGUGUGCUUUAUAUAUAUUAUUAAGCCUAAUAACACCCUCUGAAAUAGGUAAUGUUCUCCCCAUUUAACAGUUGAAAAAACUGAGGUAAAGAGGUUUAUUAGCUUGCUGAAGGACAUAAAUGGCAGAACUAGAAUUUGCACUUGAGUCUCUCUGACUCCAAAUCCCCUGCACUUAACCAUUUUAAUAUAAUGAUUGAAUACUUCAAGUUUCAUUUGUGUGUAUUGGGCUUUUUUUGGUAUAGGGGUUGGGAUACCUUUGGUGUAUUAAUUUGUUAAUCUCAGUUUAUAGUAAUACUUGUUAUUAAAACUAAAAGUCAGUAGCAAUUCAUGAUUCAGUGAUAAGAAUUGUGGUAAUUCUUUCUUACUUGAGUACUGACACAUUCUACAACAUUUAUUUUUUAUUCCUUAUAUGUGUGAGCCCUGAGCCCAAAGUAAUAAUAUUGUGGACUGUAAGUGAUUAAAAAGUUAUAACAAUAAUACAUGCUCAUGAUAAAAUAUUUACAGUAGGGGACUUCUGUGGUGGUCCAGUGAUUAAGAAUCCGCCUUCCAAUGCAGGGGACGCGGGUUUGAUCCCUGGUCAGGCAAGUAAGAUCCCACACGCCGCAGGGCAACUAAACCUGCACGCCGCAACUAGAGAGAAGCCUGCAACGAAGACCCAGUGCAACCAAAAAAAUCCCACAAACUUACAGUAAAUAGGGUGUGCAAACUAAAUCUGCCCUUCCCCCAUUCCCACUCUCCCAAAGUAACCUUUGUAUUUUUUGUGUAUGCCUCCAGAAAGUACACAUAUACUUACAAGCAUAUAGAUACAGAUUUUUUUCUUUGCGCUAAUGGGUUCACACUAUAUACAUACUUUUUUGCAACUUGCUUUUUUCAUUUACUAGUAUAUCUUGAACAGUUAAUAGUACAAAUCUACCUCAUUCUUUUUUAGCAUUGCAUGGUAUUUCAAAGUAGAGAUGUACCAUCAUGAUUUAACCAGAUCUUUUUUGGUGGACAUUUAGGUUGCUUUUUAUUGCUGUUAUAAGCAGUCUGGCAGCAAGGCAUCCUUAUAUAUAUCUUAGUGAAAUUACUGGGUCAAAGGGUAUGUAUAGGCAUUAAAUAUUUUGAUAGGUGUGUCCUGAUUGCUGUAAAAAUUUUGUAUCUAUUUACACUUCCACCAAGAGUAGGUGAGCAUUCAAGCCAUAUACCUUGAACUUAGUUGGCAAAGUUAUUUGGUAUAUUAUAUUAAGGUAUUUCAACUGCGUAAGAUUCAGAUUCAGUCCAUUUCCUAGUAAGUUUCACAGGGUAGAUCUGCAUCUGAGGUUUAUUGGAUUUAAGAGAUUUGGGAUGUAGCCCUGACAUGGGUGGAUGGGCUGUUUGAUUGCAGUCUCACAGCUGAUCGGUGCCUUAGUUUCCAUCUAAGGGGAUUACCAUUUUGCCCUAUGCUUCUUGUGGGGAUCAUGGGAGGAUAAAUGAGGUUAUUUGGGUUAAGUGUUUUGUUACUCUUUUAACAAAGAAUUUAUGCAUUGGCUUUCUUUAAAAGAA